UCCACCAACCCGAAACCAUCUUAGUUCCCCAACUCUUGGGCUUCACGGAAGCCACCGAACAAAGAACAGGAAAAAAAUGUCCCUAAACUCUUCCUCUUUCAAGAUAAUAUUGGGUUCUUCAUCGGCUUCUCGCCGACGAAUUUUAUCCGAUAUGGGAUUCAAUUUCACCAUCAUGAGUGCGGAUAUUGAUGAGAAAGAGAUCCGGAUGGAAAAGCCUGAGGAAUUGGUAAUGGCUCUCGCUGAAGCUAAGGCAGAUGCGAUUAUGGGGAGGCUUCAAAUGAGUGACUUUACAAAGGAUGAGGCUGAACCCACUCUAUUGAUAACUGCUGAUCAAGUUGUAGUACAUGGUGGGAUGAUAAGGGAGAAGCCAUCAGGUGCAGAAGAAGCACGAGCAUUUAUCAAAGGUUACUCUGGGGGUCAUGCGUCAACAGUAGGCUCGAUACUUGUUACCAAUUUAAAGACAGGUGUUAGAAAAGAAGGAUGGGAUAAAGCUGAGAUAUAUUUUCACAAGAUACCUGAUGAGAUCAUCGAGAAUCUGAUAAAGGAGGGUGAUGUGCUUUAUGUUGCGGGUGGCCUAAUGGUUGAACAUCCUUUGACAUCACCUUUUGUUGAAGCAGUGGUAGGAACGAUUGACAGUGUAAUGGGACUUCCAAAAGCUUUAACGGAACGUCUCACAAGAGAGGCCCUUGAAUAGUAUUGAGAUGUCAUAUAUGCCAGACAACUUCCAUGGACCGUUGGAAUGGAUCGAAUUCAUGGAAUAUGUGCAGGAUUAUUUUUUCUGAUGUUUUAGAAAUUGAUGUAUGUUUUGCUGAAUCCUGACGUCUUGAUUGUAGACAAAUUGAUGGUCUCAUUCAAGAAUUGUACUCUGGAUGAACUUUCAAAUGUACUAUUCAAUAUCUGCAGUUUUAAUAACUAAUUCAAGACAAAUAGACUUUCAAAUGAUA